GGUGAGUAUUUUAUCUUUAUUUGUUUGUAUCUAUUUAAUGCAUCAGAGUAAUCUGAGUCCAGCUUUCCUUGUCAUUUAGUGAUUCAAAGAUGAACAAUACAAUACACAAAAUCUGGUGUGUAUUUCUAUUCAGGCUCCCUGAGCCAACACUUUGUAAAACCUGCAUUUUACAAAGUGCAUUUCCAACUGCAUGUCUUGCCACUGAUUUUUAGUUGGAUUGAGCUCUGGACAUUGUCUGAGUCAUUCUAAUACAUGAAUGUGAUUUGAUGUAAAUUCAUAUUUCUGAACUCUUGUUCUCAGGGCCCACUGUGCUGCAUGUUUUAGGUGUCCUUCUGCUGCCAUCUUUAAUGGCACACGGAGGAGGAGGUGAAAAAUUACCUCGUGUGCAAUGACAUCUAAGAGGAAUCCAUAUGCAGCAGUGCAGGUAGACCCCGACAGUGAUUACAUCACACCAGGUACAUUAGACCUGGAGCAGCUCUUCUGGACAGGCACCACAGCUCCAUACAUCCAUGUCAACCAGGUCUGGCCAAGAAUUUACAUUGGAGAUGAGAAGACAGCUCUCGAGCGUCCUGAGCUUAAGGAGCUGGGUGUCACUCAUGUCCUGAAUGCAGCAGAAGGAAAGUGGAACAAUGUGCUGACUGGUGCUAAUUACUACAAGGACCUGAACAUCCAGUAUCUUGGUGUGGAAGCUGAUGAUAAACCCACAUUCAACAUUUCCCAGUACUUCCUCCCUGCAGCAGAAUUUAUCUACAAGGCCCUCAGCCAACCACAGAACAAAGUGCUGGUUCACUGUGUGAUGGGCCGAAGCAGGUCAGCCACUUUGGUCUUGGCAUACCUGAUGAUGAAGCACAGCUUAACUGUAGUGGAAGCUAUUGAGCAUGUGCAGCAGAAACGCUGCAUCCUGCCUAAUCACGGCUUCCUGAAACAGCUCAGAGCACUGGACAUCACGCUGCAAGAGGACAAGCUGAGACAGAAAAGACACGUGGAAAACCAAGAAGUCAAAAAAACAACAUAAUAUACCUCUGUAAUUUAUUCUCUCUGUGAUGUAGCCUGAUUUGAACAUAAGUGUAUAUUUUUUAUUGUGGAUUUUUUCAAAUCCACACAGGAUCAAUCUAACGACUUAAGGGACUACAAACUGAACCUCUGAAAAGGGCAUUUUGUGGCAUCUUGGAUUACCUUGACUUCUUAUCGGACUACAUUUCUUAUUACGAUUAGCUCAGUUCAUAUACAGUACAGACCAAAAGUUUGGACACAACUGUGUGUCCAAACUUUUGGUCUGUACUCAA